GCCAAUCCAUCAACUCAUAUACCGUCCCUUGAUCAUACUCUCGUUGGAGAUCUCCAUCAACUCAUCUUUCAGUUCCUUACCCCAAUACUGUUCCAAAGUUAUAAGAGAACCCACAAAAUAAAUCAAACAAACAAUACCGAAUCAAAAACCGGAAACAAAACAUGAAUCCAGGUUAUGGGUUGAUAUCGAAUGAUUCUAGUGGAGCAAUGAAGUGGAGUUCGGAGACUGUUACCAUUAUCGUCUCCAUCGCCCUGUUUGCCUUCUUCUCCUUCUUAGUUGCUCUUGUGACCCUCUGCUGCGCGGAUCAUAAGCACAAUAACUCCUCCGCGUCGUCGGCAAAGGCGGCACAGUCGCCGGAAGGGAAGAUAGGCGGUUCGGAACAGACUGAGAUUGUUGUGAUCAUGGCCGGAGAUGAGCACCCAACGCAUCUCGCCAAACUGGCGGCUCCUCCUGCUUCUUCUUGCACUCCUCUGCCUUUGUGACGAAGUUUCAAGUUUUGGCAAAAAGGUUUUUUUUUAUUGAAGAGGUUCGGAUCUUCAGGUGAUUGCAUAUGUGAAUUAUGUUGUUAGUUUGUUUUUGUUGAUAGUGUUCGGGACAGAAUGGAAGAAAGAACAGGGCUGUGAGGCUCUGCAACACUUCCUUUUCCCCCUCUUUUCGUUUUUGUUUCUGGAGUUCUUUAGAUGAUUAAUUUCUUCCUCUAAUGGAUGUGUAAAAUUAAGUAAUUAACACUAACAAGCAGUGAUGUAAUCAGGAUUAAUGCAGUAAAUAACGAGUGUAUUAUUUA